AUGGCCACUUCACAUCUUAAGAUUGACGGUAUUCUCGGCCUUAUCAUGAUGCGGUUGAAAGAUGAUAACUUCUUGAAGUGGCGCUAUCAAUUCGAGCUUGUUCUGGAAGGCUACGAUCUCUUUGGUCAUUUUGAUGGCUUGAGCAUUGCACCGCUGAAAUUCACAAUCUUGGAUGAGGAAGUUGUUACCUCUGUGCUCACUGCAGCCUACAGGGCCUGGGUGAAGAUCGUCAAAGCACUUCUCAGCUUGUUGAUCACCACGCUAUCUAAUGAUGCGAUCAAAUUUGUCAUCAGUUGCAAGAAGACACAUGAAGCACGGAUGAAUUCAAAGGAUCAAUAUGCCAUGGUCUCUUGUGCUCGUAUAAAUCAUCUCAAAACCGAGCUUCAGACUGCACAGAAAGGCUCUGAUUCAAUUGAGAAUUUCUUGCUUCGCCUCAAACACAUUCGCGAUCACCUUGCUAUUGCUGGUGUUUCUGUGUCCGACGAUGAUAUGAUGAUUGUUGUUACACCCCGACUCCAAAUUUAA